AUGCCGGGCCACAUCGCGUCGCGUACCCUCUUCCUCGAUCCCAUCUGGCACGAAGCCAUCAACCAGCAGGAACGGCAUGUAGCAAUGGCCACCAAGCGGCUCCUCAAAGAGCUCGACGCCUUCCAACGCGAGCCUUCGCCGGCCCUCUCCGUGCUCGAGCCGCGAAGCGACGAGGACCUCUUCCACCUGACAGCAGUCCUGAGAGGGCCCGAGGGAACGGCUUACGAAGGUAAGGAACCAUGUCAAGUUUCAAACCCAAUACAAUACAAAGAAGCUGAAACUACAGCUUUCUUUUCUCUUGGGCAGGUGGAAGGUGGAAUCUCUCCAUCACCAUCCCAUCUGCCUACCCCAACAGUCCGCCCGAAAUCCGCUUCCAGACGCCCAUCUGCCAUCCGAACGUCAACUUCAAAACCGGCGAGAUCUGUCUGGACUUGCUCAAGACGAGUUGGACGCCGGCGUAUGGGAUUGUGAGCACGUUGGAAGCUGUGCAGCAGCUCUUGUCAGCCGGAGGGGAACCGGAUAGUCCGUUGAAUAUUGAUAUCGCGAGGCUGUUGAGGGAUGGGGAUCUGGUCGGUGCGGAGGCCCUGGUGAGGUUUUACACGCAGCUGUUGGCUGUCAGAACAUGA